GAAAAUCGAUUUUGUUUGUAUAAUUUCCGCGUGAUGAUUUACAAACUUAGUAAUAUGAGACGAAAAUCUUUGUAAUUUGUAGAUCUAAGCUUUGUACUGAUAACUAGACGGUCAUUAUUGGAAUGAAAAAGGAUUUUAUAAACACUACAGAGUAUAGCCAUGGCUCGAAUAUUAAAUGGUACCAUCAUGUUACUUAUGGCAGUUUUGUGUCAGCAGUCCAUCAUCUCAGCUAAACCUAGACAUAUUGUCUUCAUCGUAGCCGAUGAUCUUGGAUGGAAUGACAUUGGCUUCCAUAAUCCUGAUAUAAUUACUCCAAAUAUCGACAAACUUGCGAACAAGGGAGUAAUUCUCAACAGCUCAUACGUCCAGCCGUUGUGUACACCGUCUCGGAACAGCUGGAUGUCCGGUGUGUACCCAUUCAAAGUUGGAAUGCAACGCGGCGUCAUUAUACCAGGCACAAACGAGUGCUCUCCGCUUAGUCUCGAAUUCUUUCCACAAAAACUACAAAAGCUAGGAUAUUCCACGCAUAUGGUUGGUAAAUGGCACCUCGGAUCCUGUAGCUGGAAUUGCACCCCGAUGUACCGUGGGUUCGACUCUUUCCUAGGGUAUUACGAAGGCAUGGAAAAUUAUUACACUAAAGUUAUUGGACUAGGUAUUGAUUUCCAUGAAAACAAAAAGCAGAUUAAUGACACAACUUACUCAGCUUAUUUGUAUGCUGAUAGGGCCAAAAAGAUUAUAAAUGACCACGAUAAAGCAAAACCAUUGUUUUUGUACCUGCCUUUCCAGUCGGUGCACUCCCCUAUUCAAGUACCUGAACGGUUUGAGAAUAUGUAUCCACACAUAAAAACCAAACAGAGACGUCAAUAUAGUGGUAUGGUAUCCGCUUUGGAUGAAGCUAUCGGGAAUAUUACAGAUGUUCUUACUGAAAAUGACAUGCUGGAAGACACCCUUAUUAUAUUCACAGCUGAUAAUGGGGGGCUUCCAUUAGCCUCUGGUAAUAAUUAUCCGCUGCGGGGAGCAAAGACGACGAUAUUUGAAGGUGGAACACGGGCAGUUGCGUUUGUAGUAGGGUCGGGAUUGGAAAAGUCCGGCUACACAUAUAAUGGUCUAAUGCAUGCUGUCGAUUGGCACCCUACUAUUGUUGCUGCUGCAGGUGGAACUGAUAAAAAAAGUGAAACCAAUGAUAUAGAUGGUUUGAACCAGUGGGAAGCCAUUAGUACAGGAGUUGAUUCAAAACGUAAAGAGUUAGUAUAUAACCUUGAUAAUUCCGAACAACCAGAUACGCAAGGGCACGCUGCAAUACGUGUUGGCGACUUUAAGUACAUUCAAGGAUAUCCGGGUCGAUAUAGGGACUGGUACAAGCCCGAUCAGGUUUAUACAGAAACUUCCGAUAAUUUGAAUUGGCAUGGAUACCAUACAGAGCCUGUCAUUGAAUUUGAAAUGGAACAAAGCGGAGGAUUGGGAAGAAAUGACGUUAAAAAUACCCGUAAAUGGGAAGGAGAAGGACUUUACAACAUUAUAGAUGAUCCUACCGAACACAAUGAUCUAAGUGAAUUAUAUCCCGAGUUAGUGAAAGAAAUGGAAGCUAAACUGGACGAGUACAGAAAAAGUUACGUCGAACCAAAAACAUACGCAUACGACCCACGUUCCAACCCGCAAAAUUUCGGCGGAUUCUGGACUCCAGGGUGGUGCUGACAAUAUCUCUGAAACAUUCAAAAUAAAUAAUUAAUGUAAUGAUAAUUAUAGGUUUUUAUUUAAGGAUGAUUGGUCUACAUUAGGCACAUUUUCCAUAAGUAUUUUAAAUAUUGAUAUAAAACAAUAAAACUGUA